AGAUAGAGAGAGAGAGCGAUAGAGAGAGAGAAAUACACACAACUACGAGAGAUAAAACCUGAAGCUAGAGAGAUCAGAGAUCAGAGAUCGAAGAAGAGACAGAAAACGAAAGUUACACCUGCUCAUCUAAAACAUGUCUGAACAGACACAGAUUUCUGAUUUCAGUGAAAGGGAUGAAAAACCAGAGAGCAUGAAGGAAACCUUCAUCCCUCCUGAGUUAUCCACAAGCCUAGCUGAGAUCAUUGAAGACCUGAUGAACUGUGAGGAUCUGUUCCAGGACAAAGACCUCACCUCCCGUCCCAGUUCUACUCUCAAAGACAAGAAGAGCUUAUACCCUCUGUCUCAGAGUUCCCUGGACAAGGACCGCGUGUCCAUAGCCACCUCUGUGUGGUCAUCUCCUGCCUCAGACAUCUCUGAGAGGAUCUCACAUGACGUCCAAUCAGAGGAGAGCAGGAGAGCGUCCUCCACCGGCAUCAAGAAGAUGUCUGAUUCCAAUCAAACUGAUGAAGAGGCAAACGAUCUGAUGAAGUGUGAUGACCUCUUGGAAGAUGAAGCCACGGACUUGCGUCUUGAUUUGUCUUCCAUAAAUGAGGAGCGCUCUCACACUCUAUCUUGGGGUUCCCUCAGCUGGGACAGCAGGACCAUGGUGAGAGGUUUAUAUUCAAGAUCCUCGGAUGAUGAACAUCCAUCACACCAGGAGGAAGCAGAGGCAGGAGAGGUCAAACAAACAGAUCAAAGUGACCCUGCUCCUGCCAGCUCCAAGACCACCAUCUCCACCAGGGGGAAAUUCUUCAGAUGGAUGAAGAAGAAUAAAAUCCACCCCGAUGACGUUGAUGUCAGCACUGGACAGACCUCUAUUGAAGAGGUGCCAAGAAAAGUCAGUGCUGAGACAAAGACAAAGAAGGGCAAUGGUUUCAUUGGAUUCUUCAGAAGCAUCUUCUCAAAGAAUAAGAAGAAGCUGAAGCAGGAUAAGAUGGAGAAUGGGCAGAAAAAGGCAGCCAUCAAAGUUCCUGUUGAGGAACAAGAAGUCCAUCAAGAGGAGACAGAAGAUAAAGUCCAAUCUCCAAACGUUGGCAGAUCGAGUCCCUCUUCACUUCAGGAGGAUAAAAUCCCCUCACCUCAGAGCCAAACAACGGCUGGAUCUGUGAUCCAAGUGGAGGUGAUAAGUUCUUCUCCAAGACCCUCAUAUGACAAAGAUUCAUCACACCAGGAGGAAGCAGAGGCAGGAGAGGUCAAACAACCAGAACAAAGUGACUCAGUGACCCCUGCCAGCUCCAAGACCACUAUCUCCACCAGGGGGAGGCUCUUCAGAUUGAAGACGGACAAAAUCCACCCCGUUGAGGCUGAUGUGAGCACUGGACAGAACAUGAAGAUCUCAGACUGUCCUCCAGAGACUUGCUCCUCUAUUGAAGAGGACAUAGGAGAAGUCAGUGCUGAGACAAAGAUGAAGAAGGGCAAUGGAUUCAUAGGAUUCUUCAGACGCAUCUUCUCAAAGAACGAGAAGAAGCUGAAGCAGGAUAAGAUGGAGAAUGUGCAGAAAAAGGCAGCCAUCAAAGUUCCUGUUGAGGAACAAGAAGUCCAUCAAGAGGAGACAGAAGAUAAAGUCCAAUCUCCAAACUUUGGCAGAUCGAGUCCCUCUUCACUUCAGGAGGAUAAAAUCCCCUCACCUCAGAGCCAAACAACGGCUGGAUCUGUGAUCCAAGUGGAGGUGAUAAGUUCUUCUCCAAGACCCUCAUAUGACAAAGAUUCAUCACCCCAGGAGGAAGCAGAGGCAGGAGAGGUCAAACAACCAGAACAAAGUGACCCAGUGACCCCUGCCAGCUCCAAGACCACUAUCUCCACCAGGGGGAGGCUCUUCAGAUUGAAGACGGACAAAAUCCACCCCGUUGAGGCUGAUGUGAGCACUGGACAGAACAUGAAGAUCUCAGACUGUCCUCCAGAGACUUGCUCCUCUAUUGAAGAGGACAUAGGAGAAGUCAAGGCUGAGACAAAGAUGAAGAAGGGCAAUGGAUUCAUAGGAUUCUUCAGACGCAUCUUCUCAAAGAACGAGAAGAAGCUGAAGCAGGAUAAGAUGGAGAAUGGGCAGAAAAAGGCAGCCAUCAAAGUUCCUGUUGAGGAACAGGAAGUCGAUACAGAGGAGACAGAAGAUGAGGUCCAAUCUCCAAACGUUGGCAGAUCGAGUCCCUCUUCACUUCAGGAGGAUAAAAUCCCUUCACCUCAGAGCCAAACAACGGCUGGAUCUGUGAUCCAAGUGGAGGGUAUAAGUUCUUCUCCAAGACCCUCAUAUGAGGAAGAUUCAUCACCCCAGGAGGAAGCAGAGGGAGGAGAGGUCAAACAACCAGAACAAAGUGACUCAGUGACCCCUGCCAGCUCCAAGACCACCAUCUCCACCAGGGGGAGGCUCUUCAGAUUGAAGACGAACAAAAUCCACCCCGUUGAGGCUGAUGUGGGCACUGGACAGAACAUAAAGAACUCAGACUGUCCACCAGAGACUUGCUCCUCUAUCGAAGAGGACCAUGUAGAUGUCAGUGCUGAGACAAAGAUGAAGAAGGGCAAUGGAUUCACAAGAUUCUUUAGAAGCAUCUUCUCAAAGAAAAAGAAGAAGCUGAAGCAAGAUAAGAUGGAGAAUGGGCAGAAAAAGACGCAUGCAGAACAACAUGUCACGCUGUCUUCAUUCAGCUGGUGUGGAGCAGUGAGCUGAAUCCCAUGAACCCACCCAUAACCCCCCCUCUUCCAUUUCACUCCGUCCUCCACAACUCUCUCCCCCGACCCUCCAUUCCUCUCAGACUGUCU